AUGUUGCACCAUGAAUGGAACAAUAGUCAAGUGGGGGCUUAUGGGUGUACGAUCAGUGGAGCAGGGCCAACUACGGUGGCCGUUAUAGAUGAUGAGGGAAAAAGGAAGGAGAUUGGGGAGAAGAUGGUGGAAGCUUUCAUGGCGGAAGGGAAUUUGAAAGCUUUGGCUAUGGUGAAGCAAUUAUACAGAGUUACAGAGUUGGUGCUAGACUGGUUAGUAGCAUUUCAAGAUAAUUAUGAAGAUAAAUUUAAUGAAUCAUGA